GGCUACCGGACUCCCACUGGAGCAAGCUGUAACAUGCAUCCGCCGGCAAGCCAGUGCGGACGCGCCUUGGUGGCGCUGCUGCUGGCCUGUGGCUUGUUGGGAGUUUGGGGAGAGGAAAGAGGAUUCCCACCUGCCCAAGCCACACCGUCUCUUCUGGGGACUAGAGAGGUAAUGACACCACCCACCAAGACCUCCUGGACGAAAGGUUCUAACUCCAGUCUGACGCGUUCCUCAGCACCUGCGGAGGUGACCAAAGGAGGGAGGGUGGCUGGAGUCCCGCCAAGAUCCUUCCCUCCUCCGUGCCAGCGAAAUAGUGAGAUCAGCAAGACUUUUAAAUACAUCAACACGAUUGUGUCCUGUCUCGUGUUCGUGCUGGGCAUCAUCGGGAACUCCACGCUGCUGAGGAUCAUCUACAAGAACAAGUGCAUGCGAAAUGGUCCCAACAUCCUGAUCGCCAGUCUGGCUCUGGGAGAUCUGCUACACAUCAUCAUCGACAUCCCCAUUAAUGUCUACAAGCUGCUUGCAGAAGACUGGCCAUUUGGAGCUGAAAUGUGUAAGCUGGUGCCCUUCAUACAGAAGGCUUCUGUGGGAAUCACUGUGCUAAGUCUAUGUGCUCUAAGUAUUGACAGAUAUCGAGCUGUUGCUUCUUGGAGUCGAAUUAAAGGAAUUGGGGUUCCAAAAUGGACAGCAGUAGAAAUUGUUUUAAUUUGGGUUGUCUCUGUGGUUCUGGCUGUCCCUGAAGCCAUAGGUUUUGAUAUGAUUACGACAGACUACAAAGGAAAGUCUCUAAGGGUCUGCCUGCUUCAUCCAGUUCAGAAAACAGCCUUCAUGCAGUUCUACAAGACCGCCAAAGAUUGGUGGCUGUUCAGUUUCUACUUCUGCUUGCCACUAGCUAUUACUGCAAUCUUUUAUACCUUGAUGACCUGUGAGAUGCUGAGAAAGAAGAGUGGCAUGCAAAUCGCUUUAAAUGAUCACUUAAAGCAGAGACGAGAAGUGGCCAAAACUGUGUUCUGCCUGGUCCUCGUUUUUGCCCUCUGUUGGCUUCCCCUCCACCUCAGCAGGAUUCUGAAGCUCACUCUGUAUGACCAGAGUGACCCUCACAGAUGUGAACUUUUGAGUUUUUUGUUGGUUUUGGACUACAUUGGUAUCAACAUGGCUUCUUUGAAUUCCUGCAUUAACCCAAUCGCUCUGUAUUUGGUGAGCAAAAGAUUCAAAAACUGCUUUAAGUCCUGCUUGUGUUGCUGGUGCCAAACAUUUGAGGAAAAACAGUCCUUGGAGGAAAAGCAGUCCUGCUUGAAGUUCAAAGCUAAUGAUCACGGAUAUGACAACUUCCGUUCCAGCAAUAAAUACAGCUCAUCUUGA